GAGAAGUGAAAAAACAAAGACUGUUUUCUUUUUGGUACUUUGAAUCAGUAUUGGCAUAUAAUAAUAAAAGUAGAUAGAUCAUCACUAACAAGACGUAAAACCAUCUUUUGUUCUUUUCCCUUUCUGAGAAAGUUGGAAAAACCUUUUUUUUUUUCUCUCUGACAUCUGUGCUUCUUGUUCCUCCCGGCUCCUAGUACUACACUAUACUAUGCCACUGUUUGUCAUAAAAGCAGCUUAAUUAAAAUCUUUUAACUUUCUCUCCCAGAUUCUGAAGUAAGUACUAGAAAGUUAUAUCCUGUGUGUUUUUCUGGGGAAUCCCUUCCCAAGGUAAAAAGAAAAGAGAAAAGAAAAAAGGCUAUAGAUCUUUUUAUCUUUCUGCUCUGCUCCCUUGGCCUCUUCUUCGAUCUGCUGCUCCCACAAAACAAGCAAGUUAGUAAGUAUAUCAUAUAAUGGAGGAAUAUUGUAAGAGGAGUGGACAAAUCCCGGCGUUUGGGGACUGGGAUAACGCAAACGAGCUGCCAAUCACUCAGUAUUUCGAGUGUGCAAGACAGGCCGGUUUGAUUCGCUACAGUAGUUCUUCCUCCGGAGAGACUGAUCAUCAUCCUUACGUGCGUGGCGACUUGUACGCCGUUGAUUUCAACAAACCAUCUCGCUUUGUCCCUCCUUCACGCAAGACGACGAGGGAAAGGGCUGGUGGUGGUGUAAGAGAAAGAGAAAAGCGAUAUAAUAAUAAUAAUCAUCAUCCGCAACUCAAGGAGCCAAAAAAGGUCAAAGCUGCCCAGAAGGUUUGUAACGUGACGGAACCGUCAACUAAAACCACUCACACUGCUGCUACUACUACUGUUCAGAACGACGCCGUUCCACCACCUCCUCCUCCUGCUUCAAAACCCAUUGAUGAAGAUCUCUACAAAAUCCCUCCUGAGCUCCUCCUCCACACUUCUAAGCGGAAAAAAAUGCUGGGAUUCUUUUCAAGAUGCCUGGCACCGGCCUGCGCUGCAUGAAUUUGGAAACUCCUUGUUUGCUUCUUCUGCCGACAAAAAAUGGGGAUAUGUUGAAAAUUAUGUAUUGCUGCUCUCUCUCUCUCUCUCUCUCUCUCUCUCUCUCCUCUCCAAAAUGUUUCACAGUAGAUGAAUUUAAGCCAACGAAUAAGAGCACUUGUAGCUGUGGAGCUAAAAAGCUAUAUAGCUAUUUUAGCUCUACCAAAACACAAAAAUAACCAUACAGUAGUGGAGCUAAAACUAUUUCUUUUAA